UUUUUACUCUUCAAUUCCCAUUUCCAAACCCCCUCCUCCAUUGCAUCAUGCCACAUUUGCCUCCUAAAAUCCCAAACUUGGCUACUCCUCCAAAUUGGCCUCACUCCAUUGCCACAAGCCCUGCUCUCCACCGCGACUCGAUCGCCUUCCUCGAGAUGUCGAUGCUGAGCCGAGCCUCGUUAGCCUCGGCUGCACCAGGAUAUGCGUUUGAUAGGUCUGAUGACGAGCAAUUUAGGUCCAUGUUGAGUGAUGACCAGCCCACCUCCUCAGAUUACAACAGAGAUCAUGAGAAAGAAGCGGCUGCAAAAUGUGAGAAGCUUCACCCGUGCCAAAAUGCAGCAACAAACAUCUCUUCCAAGGAUCGGAUUUUCGACCCCAAAAGAGUGAAGAGAAUCCUGGCAAACAGACAAUCUGCAAGAAGAUCAAGGGUGAGGAAGCUACAAUACAUUACAGAGCUGGAACGUAGUGUGACUUCAUUACAGGCCGAAGUUUCAAUGCUGUCACCGCGGGUUGCAUUUCUAGACCAGCAGCGAUUGCUUCUAAAUGUGGACAACACUGCUCUCAAGCAAAGAAUCGCCACCCUCUCUCAAGACAAAAUUUUCAAAGAUGGUAAAAUUCAAAUUACAAACAAAAGCAGAACUGAUGAAGAAGAGCUGAAGAGGGAAAUAGAGAGGCUGGGGCAGUUGUAUCAUCGGCAGCAGAUCAAAACCAAGGAACCCACAUCUCCCGCAGAUCAAAACCAGAACCAGAAGCUGCUUUAUGUUUGAAGGGAAAAAAAUAAAAAUCGAGUUUUUAGGUUUCUUUUGUCACAAGUCUUUUUUUUUUUUUUAAGACAGAGCAAAAUGUGUAUAAUCAGCAUGCAAAUAUGUUCAAUGAACUAACUUUGCUGUAAUGUGUUUGUUCAACUUCAAGGGCUGAAUGAUUGUGACCUAAGAAUGUAUAUGGCUGUGAAAAGGAAAAAGAAAAAAAGAAAUAAACUAAUGCCAAAUA